AUGAUGGGCGGUUCGAGUUCAGGCUCAACCUCGUUCCAGUACGAACCGCUCCCAACCGUUUCUCACAUCCGGCUCCUUCAGAGAUUGAGCCCCGCCAAUGACGGCACCCUGCGAUUCUCGCUCGUGGCCCAUGACGCCGAGAACGACCCGAGAAGGCCGUAUUACUGCCUGUCAUACACCUGGGGGAACCCGUUUGCGCACGGGAACCAGUUCAAGUCACAUUUUGAGACGGUCGGACCGCAGUACGACCACUGCAAUAAGCUGCGCGUUCUCGUCAAUGAGCAGGAAAUGCUCAUACAGAGGAACCUCUACGACGCGCUAACCUUGAUACCGCAAAACACAUUUGCAGAGUACGUCAAUAGCCCGCUAGAUGGCACCAACGGGCGGACCUGGCUGCACGUUGCUGCUGGUCGCGGUCGCUCGUCCACGGCUGAGACGUGGCUCCGUUGUGGCGCCGACGUGAACAAGCUCGACGACGAGGGCCAUAACGCGCUGCAUUACGCCGCCGGCAACGGAAAGCCAGAGUGUGUCUCACUCUUGAUGCGGAAUGGCUGUCGGACCGACGUGCAGGACAUGAACGGCGAGACUCCCAUCGAUCUUGCAAAGAAAUCUGGUCAUGAAGACAUGGUUGCUCUGCUGAACAGCUCGAUUACCGGUGACAGCGAAGCCGAGAAAAAAAUCACACCCGCCGAAGGGACCGUCUUCAUCUGGGCUGAUGCCAUCUGCAUCAAUCAGGACGACGUGCAAGAAAAGAGCGCCCAGGUCACCAUGAUGGACAGAAUUUACUCGGAUGCUUCGUACGUCGUCGCCUGGCUGGGUCCGCUCGAUGAAUACUCCGAAAUAGGCAUUCGCACUCUCAACACCCUCCAAAGCCACCUAAAGAAGUUUAAGGAAAGCCAGAUUGAACCGUACAGCGGGAAAGACAAAGAAAAGUAUGCCGAGGCAGAUAUCCCCUACAUCUCUUGGAAGGAAUGGGUCGCCCUCGCGAGCCUCUUCCAAAGGCAGUGGUUUCGCCGCGCGUGGAUUGUCCAAGAGGCCGUCUUGCCACGUGCUCUUCUCAUGUACAUUGGGACGACCCUUGUGCCAUGGCGCAACCUCGGGCAGGUAUGCGAGGCCAUCCAGCACAUGGAAGCCAAACUUGGCACGCACAUGUCCACCGCCUUUAUCCCAAUACAAGACGCUGCGGUACCAGUCAAUUGGAACAUGGCCGAAGUCUCCAAGUGGAGGAGGUUCAAGUCUUACGCCAGCGAAGAAAAAGAUACCGCCCAGGAGUAUCAAGACUUCUUCACCUUGCGACAUCUUCUCACCAACUUCCUGACCUUUAUCGCCUCGGAUCCCCGGGACAAGGUGUUUGCGUACUAUGGACUGCUGAAUCUGUUUGCCCCCGAGCGCCGCCAGGUGGACUAUCGCUUGUCCGUGUCCCGCAUCUAUACCACUGCGGCGAGGGAGCUUAUCGCAAGCGAGAAAAGCCUCCGAGCCCUCUCGCUUUGCGUGUUUCACGAGCAGCGCCGAAGCGGCCUCCCCUCCUGGGUGCCGGACUUUAGCCUGCCCGCGAUGAACGCCAUUUCUACAAACUUUACCGCCGACAAGGGACUCGAGUUCACCGUGCCGAUAGCGGUGGACCCUGAUCACCCCGAGCUUCAUGUCCGUGGAGCUUAUGCGGGGAAGAUUUCCCAGGUUGGCGGUCGGUCAGGCACUAGACCUGCAGAAAAGCUGUUGUUCGACCGAUCGUGGCUGACACUGCCACUGUCCCUGCGAGAAAAAGGCGGCUACGGGGAGAAUCCUUGCCUUUCGUCGAUUUUGUGGACAACGCUGUGCAUGAACAUGUCCGCGGGGAGUCUCUUCGACACAGGCCUAUACGGCGACAGUGCUCCGCUCGAGCAAGGCAUUGGUUUUCGAUACUUCAUGAUACUCCUGAUCCUGGCAGCCGCAGACGGCAAAAUCCGCGAGAAGCUAGGCCUUGAGAUCACGACGAAACAGGAGCACAUUUUCAGCCACCUCGACUACGACCCCAUGACAAGCGACAUGGAGCCCGUGCUGGCAGAUCUCGACGCUUUUGAGGAGUACGACGGCGAGGGCAGCUGGAUGCCCACCCGGAAAGAGGUCCUCGAAUACUGGAACGACUUCGGCUGCAGCCUGAUGCGGAUCACGGAGAUGGACGCUGACGGCGGGCCGUUUGACUACUACCUGCCCGCGGGCGUCACGCAGGAGAACUCGCGCCCGAUCGGCAACGGCUACGCGAUGCUGCACUCCAAAUGGGGUCGGAAAUGCCAGGCCUUCAUCACGGCGUACUCGGCGGUGUAUGGCGGGCGGCAUCUCGUGACGGUCAAUGACAGGUACUUGGGCAUGGCGGGCCUGUCGGCGAAGCCAGGCGAUGAGGUGUGGCUGCUCGCUGGGCUGCAUGCGUUUGCUGUGCUGCGGCCCGCUGAUGAAGCCGCGUCGAGCGAGGGUGCUGGACGGGCAGCCGGGCCGCGACGACAGUUGGUCUGCACCUGCUACAUCAGCGGGAUGAUGGACGGCGAGGCGGUGGAGUCGGUCAGAUCCCGAUUGGAAGAUGUCGUGCUGAUAUGA